AUGCCUCUUCCCGCCAGAACUUCAUCUUUUAGACGCGCUGCUUCUAUUGUAUUAUCAUCAGUAAUCAAUAAUAAUAGAUCACCAUCAUCAUCUUUAUCAUCCUAUCAAUGUAACAACAGCUUGAAGGGUUGUUCACAAUUGGUUGGAUCAUCAUCAAAUGUUAGAUUUUAUAAAUAUAAUUAUUCCCAAAUAUCUGCUGAAGAGAUCCGUAGAUUAUCUGAAGAGUCUUAUUCUAAUGGACGUUUGCCUUGGGUCACUGGAUUGUUGGGAGUUCUUGCUGGAUUCGGAUUAGGUUACUUACUUGCAGAAACAACAGAAGAACCAAAACUCAAAGAAGCAGGAAUUGAAAAGGUUGCUAAAGGCUCAUCAAAGAAUAUUGUUGAACUUUUUGAACAAUAUGCCGAUGUAGAUAUUGUUGAUCCAAAGACUGGACGUACUGAAAAGAUGAUGAGUCUUGAAGCAUUUAUCAAUUCAUUGCUCACUUCUAGACCUGAUGCUCCUUCUUGGGUUGCUCUUCCAAGAAGAGAUGGAAAAUUACUUGUUGACAAGAAGAGAGCCAAUGAUGAACAAUUGAAACUCAUUUUCGACUAUGCUGAUACUGAUAAGAAUGGAUAUAUUAGUUUUGAUGAAUAUGCAUUGUUCAUGACCUUCUUGUCAUGUUCUGAACGUCAAUUACAAAUUGCUUUCCAAUGUUUUGAUUUGGAUGGAUCAGGUAGUAUUGAAGCAUCAGAAUUCAAAGAAUUGAUCAAAGCUAGUCGUUUGAGAAAGAGUUCCAAGAAGGAUAUUUUGGAUGAUAUUGACUGGAAUAAUAAUGGAUUAAUGAAUCGUUUGUUCGGAAAAGAUUUGAGUCAAAAGUUAUCAUUCGAAGAAUUUAACAAGUUUAUUCACAAGUGUAAAAGUGCUCUCUUAAAGCAAGAAUUUUUACAAUAUGAUGUUGAAGGAAAUGGUUUAAUAUCUGUUGAAGCCUUCUCUGAGCUCAUGACAAAGAGUGUACAUUACAACUCUACUAAUAUUAGUGAUUUCAAGAGACAAUUGAAUUUGUUGAAAACUAGAGGAUUUUUCGCCCCAACUGGACGUAUUGAUUAUGAUACCUUCAAGGCAUUCAAUGAUAUGGCUAGUCACAGUGAAGAUAUUGGUAUUGCUAUCCAAUUGAUCACAUCAUCAAGAGGUGGUAUGAAGAAGCAAGAUUUCAAAUUUGCCCUUGAAAGAGUGGCAAAGAUUAAGGUUAAUGACAGAGUUGUUGAUUUGGUCUAUGCUAUCUAUGAUAAGGAUAAGGAUGGCGUUUUGGAAUAUGAUGAAUUCAUGAGCACCAUGAAAGCCAGAAAGGAAAAGAUGUAA